AUGUCCGCUGACGAUUCUGUAUUUCUCGACGUUCUUUCAUCUGUUCCCAAUGACAUCAGACUCUACUCCAACCAAGUCGCCGACUAUGUAGACAAGCACGUCGAACGAGCAUCCAACGCCCUACGGAGCGCUUUAUCUUCGGCGCCAUGGCUUCCUGAGUCUGCGCGUCCUCGCCCACCUCCACCACCCCCUCGGUCCUUUGUCCAGUCUGCUGCUUCGGCAUCGAUUUACUCUCAGAUCUACGACUGGGUUUCCACGAACAAGAUUAAGACGGCUAUUGCCCUAAUUUCAAUCGGAGGAGGGGCCUACCUCCUGGUGAGAAACAAGAAAUCCCGUAAGAAACGGAGAGCAAAGAAGGCGAGCAAUGGCGCAAGGCUCGAGGUCGUCGUCGUUGCUGGACCUCCGUCCGAACCAAUUACUCGGUCCAUUUCCUUAGACCUCGAGCGCAGAGGUUUUAUUGUCUAUGUUGUGUGCAAUACAAUCGAGGACGAAGUCCUGGUACAAAAUGAAUCAAGACCCGAUAUUAGACCAUUGAUGAUCGAUAUUGUGGAUUCUGAGAGUGCUCGUGCCUCCAUCGACCGCUUCACACAGUACCUCCAGUCCCCACACGCCCCCUUCCAAGGUGCAAGGCUCCACCGCGUAAACUUACGCUCUCUGAUCCUCAUCCCAUCCCUCACCUACCCCUCCUCGCCAAUCGCCACUCUUUCGCCCUCAACGCUCAACGACCUCAUAAACACCCGCCUUCUGAAUCCCAUCCUGACCAUACAGACAUUCCUCCCACUCCUCACCUCGAACUUGAAUUUCGGACUCCCACCAACAGUCCCUAAGCCCUCAGUUCUAGUCCUCACACCUUCUAUAAUACCUAGUUUGUCACCCGCCUUCCACGCUCCUGAAUCCAGCAUUGUCGCCGCACUCUCCUCCUUCACGUCCGUCCUCUCCUCCGAACUCUCUCCUCUCUCCAUCCCAGUCACCCAUUUGCAGCUUGGGACUUUCGACUUCUCCUCUUUCUCUCCUCAUAACCGCCACACCCCAACCGUGCAAUCCCAACGCGCGGAGACCUUGACCUGGGAUGCGCACUCUCGUGAGACGUUCGGAAGGAAUUUUGUCGCUGCUAGUUCCAAAGGCUUGGGCAAGGGUAGCUCGCUUAGGGAACUGAACGAUGCGGUUUUCGAUGCAAUGGUUAGGGGGAAGGGUGGUACGGUGAGGGUUGGGAUGGGGAGCAAGUUGUAUGGGUUUGUCGGGGGUUGGGUGCCGAAUGGUUUGGUGAGCUGGAUGAUGGGUGUUCGGAAAACUAGAGAUGAUGCGAGAGGGUUUGAGUUUGGAAGGAGUUUGAUCACCGCGAGUGAAGAUGGAAGCAGAUCUACGAGUCCCGGGAGCCCAGGGAGUAUAGGCAGGGGAGGGUUUGGGGGCAGCGACUAUAUUUCUGUGCAUGGGAAGGAAUCAGAGGAUUGAAAUGCUAGCCUGCGGACAGACUAAU